UUCAGGAGUGAAAACGCAGCACAGGGAGAAUUAGAGGAGGAACCUGGAACCCAAUCAUCACGGCUGUCUUUUGAAUUGUCAGAUCAGAUCAACGAUACAAGGAAAGAAACGUCAACAACUACCGCUUCACGUUUUUAGUUUCUCAUUAUUAUAAUGACACGGUCAAUCAUUUAUAGAUUUUCAUUCGUUAAUAUUUUACAAAUUAAAACACCUCCAAAAACGAAAAUAAAGCUAGAACAGAAGAAAAUAAAUUGAUGGUCUUAUUUCGACCACAUGUAUCCACUUAUCCUUCAUGUACUUGUGGAAAGGUUUAUGAUUCCUUAAUUCUUAACUUCACUUGUGUGUUUAUAAGGUAUGGCUAUGUGAACUGGGAGAUACCAACUAAAAUCAUAAUACAGAUAUGAAUUGUGGAUGCUUUACUGGUUCAUCUAAACGCAGGAAUAGGGAUGAUGUGCGGCAGGCUUACGUUGGUGAAGAUGGGCAAUUUCUUGGAAAUGUCAACUACUUUUAUUACAAGGAAUUAAGAUCAGCAACGGAAGAUUUUCAUGUAAGAAACAAGAUAGGGAGAGGAGGUUUUGGAACUGUUUACAAGGGUGUCCUACAAAAUGGAAAGCAAAUUGCGGUGAAGACACUUUCUGCUGAGUCUAAACAGGGCGUGCAUGAAUUUAGAAACGAGGUCAAUACUCUAUCAGAUGUCAAACAUCCGAACCUUGUUGAGUUACUUGGGUGCUGUAUUCAAGGAACCAAGAGGAUACUGGUCUAUGAAUAUGUAGAAAAUGGCAGCCUUGAUCAUGUAUUAUUAGGUUCAAGAAACACAAAUAUAAAGCUAGACUGGAAAAAAAGAUCUGCUAUUUGUGUGGGUAUUGCUAGAGGCCUUGCAUUUCUUCAUGAAGAAGUUGUGCCACAUAUUGUGCAUAGAGACAUCAAAGCUAGUAAUAUACUUCUUGACGAAGAGUUUAACCCAAAGAUAGGAGACUUUGGAUUGGCAAAACUUUUCCCAGAUAACAUCACUCACAUUACCACUAGGAUAGCAGGAACAACUGGCUAUUUGGCCCCUGAGUACAUAUUGGGUGGACAGUUGACCAUGAAGGCUGAUGUUUAUAGUUUUGGGGUCCUUGUGCUUGAAAUAAUCAGUGCCAGAAGCAGCGGAAAGGCACUCUGGAUGGACAGGUCAAAACUACUUCUGGAAUGGGCUUGGCAGCUCUAUGAAGAGGGAAAACUCUUGGAGCUGGUGGAUUCAGAGAUGGAAGACUUCCCGCCAGAAGAUGUAAUUAGAUACAUGAAAGUAGCUCUCUUCUGUACCCAAGGUGCAGCAAACCGAAGACCGAAGAUGAGUCAGGUUGUCGAGAUGCUUUCAAAGAAUAUUCGACUCAAUGAAAAGGAACUUACAGCCCCUGGUUUUUUCCAAGAUUCAGAAAGUAGUAGAGGAUCUUCAAGUAAAAAAUCCAUGGACUCUACGAUCAAUCAGAUGAGUUCAGUUCCAGUCACCAUUACUCAGGUGACCCCUAGGUGAAGAAGUACUUUAUAUUCUAGCAGUCGAAACUCGGAUGAUAGACAAAAAGGGGAACUUCGUUUAUGAGUUUUAUCAGCCAAAAAGAAACAAGAUAAUAGAAGAUAAGAGAAGAAAAAAGGACUUUAGGUUCAUUAGAAUGGAAGAUCUAUCUCCAGAGCAAGUUGAUGAUUUAUUUGGUUUAUGUGGAUCAUACGCAAUAGCUGGUGUAUUUUGUUAAUGCUUUUAUUGUUUUUCCUUCCUCUUGAUGAGAAUGAAAUUAAAAAUUAUUUAUUA